AAAAAAAAAAAAAAAAGGGAAAGAAAAGAAAGAAAGAAAGAGCAACAUCUUUUCGUCCAUAUGGAAACCGAAACUUCAAGCCAAAACAGUUUCGAAAUGAGCGAGACGCUGGCAACAUUUCUUGCCUCGACGCCAUUGUUGGAAGAGGCAUGGCGGCUUUGCAGCAUCGCAAACACAAAAUUUCCAGGGGCUUACCUGGUGGAUCAGAUCGGAAGCGUGGCCUACGUUGCGUUUUCUGGGAGACAAAUGAGUUCUGGGUCGCAUCAGAGCUGCAGAAAUCUGGUGCCUUUGGAUGCCGAAGACGAUGAUCGCCUUUUUGCUCCUCUUUAUCGACAUAGCAAAGCAGAGGAGCCCAUCAAGGUGCAUAAUGGAAUGUUAAAGCUCUUCCUCUCAAUGUAUCCAAGUUUGCAAAUCCAGAUUGCGGCGUUGAUGGGAAAAGUGAAGUCAGUAGUAAUCACGGGUCAUUCCAUAGGAGGAACAACAGCCUCUCUUUCAGCUCUAUGGCUCCUCUGUCAACUGCAAUCCAUAUCUUCUCCAAUGUCGAAUGUGCUAUGCAUCACCUUCGGCUCUCCAUUGCUAGGAAACGAAGCCCUCCAUCGAUCGAUUCUCCGAGAAAGAUGGGGUGGAAACUUCUGCCAUGUCGUUUCCAAUCAUGAUAUCAUGCCAAGGCUACUCUUUGCCGAAAUUGUCAGCCACAUUUCUGAAAUACAAGCCCUGCUGCAUUUCUGGCACAGGUGCAUGGCUUCUGCUGACGUCACUGUUACAAGCCUUUCUUCUCAGCUACCCGAUGAUUUCAACGAUACUAUUUUUCGCUGUGUUUUAAAGGACUUGGAACUGUUGGCGCAACCUGAAGAGCCAUCAGAGAGUUUGUUUCGGCCUUUUGGAAGCUAUGUUUUCUGCUGCCAAGAGGGUGCCAUUUGUGUAGAAAAUGAAGCAUCUGUUAUUAAGAUGAUGUAUUUGAUGCUGGCAACUGGUUCAUCAAGUUGUAGCAUUAAAGAUCAUCUCAAGUACGGAGACUAUGUUGCGAAAGUUUCGAAACAGUUUUUAAAGGCCAGAAACUUACAUGAAGAUUGUCUACCUGAUUCUAGCUAUGAAGCUGGAGUUGCAUUGGCAUUGCAGUCCUCGGAACUAACAGAUAUGGAAUCAGUUCAAGACCAUUGCUUUUCCAUGCAAAACUCAAACCUGGAGAGGAAAGAAGUUGCAAUUAUGGCCAGGGACUGCCUACAAAUGGGUAAAAAUGGUGACAAGCCAAACCUGAUUGCCGCCAAUCUAGCAAUAAAAUUGUCCAAGAUAGUGCCUUUUAGAGCUGAGAUUGAGUGGUACAAAGCCUGCUGCGAUGAGGCUGAUGAUCAAAUGGGUUAUUAUGAUUCCUUCAAGCUCAAGGGGGGAUCAAGAAGAGAGAACAGAGUGAACUUGAACCGCCAUAAGCUUGCUGCGUUCUGGAAUAGCGUAAUCCACAUGUUGGAACACAACAAGCUACCUCAUGAUUUUGACAGAAGAGCAAAGUGGAUAAACGCUUCCCAGUUCUAUAAGCUCCUUGUUGAACCAUUGGACAUCGCGGACUACUACCGAACAGGGAUGCACCGCGUACGUGGCCAUUACAUCGAGCAUGGAAGGGAAAGGAGGUAUGAAAUUUUUGAUAAGUGGUGGAGGGACAGAAGCGUUCCAGAGGAAGAAAACAAGAGGAGCAGAUUUGCCAGUUCCACACAAGAUUCAACCUUUUGGGCAAAGGUAGAAGAAGCCAGGGAGUGGUUGGAUAAUGUCAGAAGUGAGAGAGAUGUAACCAAGCGACAUCUGUGUUGGCAAAAGAUUGAUUUUUUUGAAAAAUAUGCGAGGAAGUUGAUUGCGAAUAAAGAGGUCUCAAAGGACGUUUUGGCAAAAAAUUCAAGCUUUAGUCGAUGGAUGGAAGAAUGGGAAGAAUUGAAAUCACAGGUUCAGCAAUUCCCUCCUAGGUUUCCAGGUUUUGUGGAUGGGGAGGUAGUUCCAUAGCUUUGUGACAGAAAGAUGUGCUAUUCAUAGGUUUGCAAAAAAUGUAGAAAACCGUUUCGAGUAGCUUUGUUUCAUGAAUUGGCUUUUAAGACUAUGGUGCACUUUUUACACAAC